GCGGCCAAGGCCGAGGCCGGAGCGGCGGAGGCUGUGGUGAAGGCGGCGGCGCCUUAGCCGGGGACGGUGCUCCGCCUGGCCCCCUUUCAGGCUCCAUGGAGGCGGCGGCGGGCGGGCUCUGCGGCUCUGGACCGCCGCUGCUGCUGAGCGAGAGCGAGCAGCAGUACUACUCUGAGCUCUUCGCGCGCUGCGCCGCCGCCUCAGGCGGGGGCCCCGGUCCCGGGCCCCCUGAGGCCGCCAGGGCUGCCCCCGGCGCAGCCACCGCAGCCGCUGGCCCGGUCGCCGACCUGUUCCGGGCGUCGCAGCUGCCCGCCGAGACGCUGCACCAGAUCACAGAAUUGUGUGGUGCCAAGCGAGUUGGUUAUUUUGGUCCGACACAGUUUUACGUUGCCCUGAAAUUAAUUGCUGCGGCACAGUCUGGCCUCCCUGUGCGGAUAGAGAGUAUUAAAUGUGAACUGCCGCUGCCUCGCUUUAUGAUGUCAAAGACUGAUGCUGAAAUCCGGUUUGGGAACACGACUGAGCUGCAUGGAGCUAAAGUUCAGAUUCCAUAUUUAAUCACAGAAAAAAAUACCUUCAAAAGAAUCGACGAUGAGGAUAAACAGCAGGAAACGCAGUCUCCCUCGAUGUCACCUCUUGCCUCCCCUCCUUCUUCCCCGCCUCAUUACCAGAGGGUGCCCUUGAGCCAUGGCUACAGCAAACUGCGGAGCAGCACAGAGCAGAUGCAUUCAGCUCCUUAUGAAGCUAGACAGCCCCUUGUCCAGCCUGAGGGACCCUCAUCGGGAGGCCCAGGAGCUAAACCCCCUCGGCAUCAGGUUUCCCUUAUCCGGUCCUUUUCAGUGGAGAGAGAACUGCAGGAUAACAGCACUAGUUACCCAGAUGAACCCUGGAGGAUAACAGAAGAGCAGCGCGAGUACUAUGUCAACCAGUUCCGAUCCCUGCAGCCUGAUCCGAGUUCCUUCAUUUCAGGUUCUGUUGCCAAAAACUUCUUCACCAAAUCAAAACUUUCCAUUCCAGAACUCUCCUAUAUAUGGGAACUGAGUGAUGCUGACUGCGAUGGAGCCCUGACCCUGCCAGAGUUCUGUGCUGCAUUUCAUCUCAUUGUGGCCCGAAAGAACGGCUACCCAUUGCCUGAGGGCCUGCCUCCAACUCUGCAGCCAGAGUACCUGCAAGCAGCCUUUCCUAAGCCCAAGUGGGAGUGUGCAUUAUUUGAUUCUUAUUCUGAGUCAGUACCAGCAAACCAACAACCCCGUGACUUGAAUCGGAUGGAGAAGCUGUCUAUUAAAGACAUGGCCGACUUUCCUGUCCCUACCCAAGAUGUGACUGGUGAUGACAAACAAGCUUUGAAGAGUGCUACUGAUGAAGACUUACCAAAGGACAUGUCUGAGGAUUCAGCCACUCCUAAGGAUUCCAACAGUCUCAAAGCAAGACCAAGAUCCAGAUCUUACUCUAGCACCUCCAUAGAAGAGGCCAUGAAAAGGGGCGAGGACCCUCCCACCCCGCCACCGCGGCCACAGAAAACCCAUUCCAGAGCCUCCUCCUUGGAUCUGAAUAAAGUCUUCCAGCCCAGUGUGCCAGCUUCAAAGUCAGGAUUGUUACCUCCACCACCUGCGCUCCCUCCAAGACCUUGUCCAUCUCAGUCUGAACAAGCAUCUGAGGCCGAGUUGCAUCCCCAGUUGAACAGGGCCCCCUCUCAAGCUGCGGAAAGUAGUCCAACAAAGAAGGAGAUACCAUAUUCUCAGCCUCCAUCGAAGCCCAUCCGUAGGAAAUUCCGACCUGAAAAUCAAGCUACAGAAAAUCAAGAGCCUUCUACCACUGUAGGCGGGCCAGCUUCUGUAACAACCGUGAAACCCCAUCCAGCAGUCCAAAAGCAGUCUUCCAAACAGAAGAAGGCUAUUCAAACUGCUAUCCGCAAAAAUAAAGAGGCAAAUGCAGUGCUGGCCCGUCUGAACAGCGAGCUCCAGCAGCAGCUCAAGGAGGUUCAUCAAGAACGGAUUGCAUUGGAAAACCAAUUGGAACAACUUCGUCCAGUCACUGUAUUGUGACCCCCCCACACAAGAUUCAAGUAACAGUGGGUGACCUUUUCUGCCAAGAUCUUUCCUUUGAAUGUUUCAACGAAACUACUUGUCAUAGAUGUCUGAAACUGUGUCAAAAGCUCUGAGCAGCAGAAUGUAAUCAAUAUCACCUUUUCUCUUGUGCUUCACGCGUACAUUUUUACUGUGGUGGAAAAAAUGCAACUGAUUGUCACACUUAAAAUUGUAAUUAUCAGUGGAAUUUAUCUCCCAUUCUUAAGUAUUUCCUCAAGGUGUUAGAUGUUGCUUCUAAUUGAAAACCAAUCUUCUAGCAAAUAAAAACAAUUUAGAGCAUUAUUUAUUUAAAGAGUUUAUGAUUUGUACAAGACCUUGUAACCCAGUACCUUCAGGAUGCUUGUUUUAUUUUCAUAUGUAUAUCAUAUAUAGUAGAUUGGUUUCCUGAAUAAUUGUGAUUCCAACUGGAUAGUUGGAUAGUCUUUGGCAUGAUGAUGAUAAAAACAAAACUAGAAGUAAACAAAAUAAUUAACUUUAGACUGACACUGUAGCCUCCACCACUAUAUAUAUGCCAAAAAUUGCUUCUCUAGUGCCAUUUUGAUAUUAUAUCUAGCUAUGAAUAAUACAUGACCGUUGUUUUCUAUGGAAUAGCAAAGACUUAUUCAGUCUUACACCUCUGUGAAGUAGUAGUUUUGUCCAUGAUCUGUUUAACUUGGCCCAGCUAGGCUGUCAACACAGAUAACUCAGCCCUUUCAUGCAGGUUUUUGGACAAGAGCAAUCUGCCCUAACUGCCUUGCCCAAUCAAAUUAAAUAACUAGUUGCCAGAUCUCUACUUCUAUCCUGCAUGGGUUAAUAUAUCUGUAAAUGCAUGAAUUUGGAAACCACUCAUCAAAUGUGAAAGGCUGAUGAGACUGUUUGGACUGAUGAAUAUUUGUUGUUUGAACCCAGGUAUUCAAACUAAGGAAGAAGGGGCAAUUAUUAUUACCAGUAAUCCAACAGUCUUUGGUAGUUAUUUUUGUCUUUGUUAUUUUAACCUAGAUCACAAGUGUAUUGGGUUUGAAGAAACAAUGAAAGAAAGCCAAUCCUUACACUUGAUAUAUGAUUAUUUUGUUCUCUGUGAAGUGUACUCUUGAGGAGGGAUUGGUUUAUGUGCAGUUCAGAGGAGCCAACCGAUUCCAGUGUAAGUGAUGUAAAACAGUAAGCUCAAAUCACAGAAGCCAGUAUUCUAUAGAAAUUUACAUAGCCCCUGCUUAUCCUGUAAGUGGGAAUUGACUGACCCUCCCAGAUAUCUGGGCUCUCCAGCUUUAAAAGCAGUUCAACACAUGUAAAUCCAUGGCUGAUUCAUGUCAAUGUAUGGCAAAAAACACUACAAUAUUGUAAAGUAAUUAGCCUCCAUCUAAUAAAAAUAAAUGAAAAAAAAUAAAAGCAGUUCAAGAUACUGAUGGCAAGUUUGCCAUCUCAUGUGCAUUUUGCUAGGUUACCAGUGGGACGUGGGCUAGGUCCUUUCUGAAGUGGUUUAGCAGAGCUCUCCAGUUUGCAGGACUGAGCCUUUAAUUUCAAUAGAGUUGGCUGCUUUUAGAAGAAGUAGGCAUUUAUCUAAUGCUUCCUUACUCCGUUGGCAAGCUUUAUCAAUAGUUUAAUGGCAGAAGAGAAAUGCUCAAACAGAUGAUUUUUUCCAAAGAAAAACAAAUUGUUGAUUCUGUUCUGUAUAUAUUAGAGGAUUCAGAAUUGCUUGGAUUUUGAAAAUCCUAAGACUUGAACUCUUUCUCUAGUCCCCUUUCCUUCCCUUUUGGCUGCCUUUUUUGUCCCUAUGGGAGGGUUUCAGAGUCAGUUUAAACCUUUUCUAAGAUACGAAUGGGUGAGUGAACAUUUUUUAGGUAACCCUCUUUUCACAUGUUCUGAGAACUGGGGGCUGCAACACAUUUUAUCAACAGUGUCCACGUCGCAGACAUUUCACAUCAUAUUUGUCUUUUGUUCCACUCAAUCCAGGAAAGUCUAGCAUAUGCACUUUAUCUCAUAAUCUUCCAGGACAUACGCACACACUCCAGAUAGCACUUCAUAUCCAUUAAGCAGACAUAUAAACUAAAGUAUGUUAGUCUAUGUUCUACAUUUUAAAAAUAUUAACAUAUUUUUCCCUCAUCAAGCCAAAACCAGAGUGAGCCAAAUUAGGAGUUUGGGUUUUUUUUUAGUUGGCUUGGUGUUUAUUAAAGGAAAAAACUUGCACUGGAUAGUCAAAGGCUCAUGUGUUGCAUAGUAUCACCAAUAUUUUAAGAUAGGCACUGCAUUAAAGCCCACAACAAUACUAUCUACACCCCACCUUCCCGACUGGACUUAAUAGUGACCACAGUUUCUAAGUUGCCUAGAAGUGGAUUUUUUAAAAAACCAAUUAAAUACACAUACAACAUCAUUAUCACCUAACUAGUGCUCAUCCUUUGUUUCUCUGUUUUCUUAGGAUGUGUAUUUUUAAUUUAGGAUUAUAAUUCCUGAU